AUGCUUCUAACACUGCACCAGACACCUCCGCCGGCCCCGUCAAGAGUAGCCAAGAGUAAUCAAGAGGUAGUCAGGAUGUACUUGGAUAGUCAGACACUCCUUGGCAACGCGUGUGUCUCUACGCCUCAACACUCAACACAGACACCUCCAACCGCACACGUUCCUUCAAGAGUAGUUAGGGGUAGUCAAGAGAUAGUCAAGAGGUCACCCAGGCAACCCGCUUUAAGUGUCCCCGGUAACCACACCACCACACCACCACACUACCACACUCCCAUCAGGCCUCAGUGUCCCCUCAUCCCCAUGGCAACCACCCCAUGCACCACCCUCCCCCCAUGCAGUGCUGGACCGCCCUCACCCCACCCCUCCCCCCGUGCAGCGAAGCCCUCACCCCGCCGCGCUAAGCAAUAG